GCGCAGACGUACGGAGUAGGGGGCCCGCCGACCCAAGGGAAUGGGAACAUCAGUUCCUCUAGCAGCAGCAGCGCAGCAGAAGCAAAGCAGACGCAAAGCAAGUGCCCUGCCCUGCUCGCCUCGCCUACACUCUACUAUGUACCCUUAGCUGCUCUGCUGCACUGGGAGGAGCUGCGGAUGGGAGGAGCACCAGGAGUAACCUCGACCUGGAACGUGCAGCGUCCUGGCCGCCUCUCUGCCCCCCCCUUCUCGUGGAUCCGGGCAGGCAAGGCAAGCCGCAAAGGCAAAGACAAGGCGGAAGUACCUGCGGGUGUCGAGGUACAAGCUCAUUUUCAAAGCCCGGAACCGGCAGGGCCCCCAAGACGAAUCGAGGAUUUUCGCAGGGAAAUCAAAGUUGACGGAGAGUUCCGCAAUAAUCAUCUCGACGACUCUAAGUCUAUCACGGUAGAUGUCACGAGUCUAGGACUUUCUGGUCUGCGAUGCUAUCAUCAAACCACCUACCCGAGAGAAGGGGAGCUCCUGGCAAACGUAGCACCCCACGAAGAGUCAAGAGUCAAGACUCAAGACCCAAGACCCAAGAAGCUCAAGAGUUGGGAGAAAGAGCACGGAGCACAGAGCGCCGAAGCUCGGUCGAAACUGAAGGCCGGGGCCGUCGACCCGUCGGUACCGUCAAGAUGGCCGACCGUCUGA